AUGAGUGAGUUAGAUUAUAAAAACUUAGAAUAUAUCAACAUGAAAUUAGAUAAUUUUGGAUUUGAAAAAUUACAGACGGCAGAACGUAGUGCAGGAUGGGAGACUCAUCGUGUCCGUCUCAACCGGGUGCCAGGCUACGGCUUCGGUAUCGCGGUCUCCGGCGGCAGGGACAACCCUCACUUCGCCAGUGGUGACCCUUCCAUUGCAGUCUCCGAUGUCCUUAGAGGAGGACCAGCCGAAGAUAAGCUUCAGGUGAACGACAGAAUAGUAUCAGUUAACGGCGUGCCUUUAGAAAAUGUGGAGUAUGCGAGAGCAGUGCAAGUGCUGCGCGACAGUGGCGCCACUGUGUCACUGGUGGUGCGACGACGAGCGCCUGCGCCGCCUCCCACUGCACCUACCACUAUCAAAUUGUCACUCUCUAGGAAUGGAAAGAAAGAAGAUUUUGGAAUAGUAUUAGGAUGUAAACUAUACGUGAAGGAAUUGACACUUCGAGCCAGAGAGCAGCUGAAUCAGGGUGGCCAGGGUCUUUGCGAAGGAGACAUGGUGACGCGGAUCAACAAUACUCCAGUAACAGAUGCCAUGACCCUCAAAGAAGCCAGGAAACUAAUAGAAUCCUGCAAAGACCGUUUGAAUCUGGUGGUGACGAGAGAAUUGAUCAGAGAGGAGACUGUCACGAAUGGGAAUUAUCAGAAUAAUUAUAACAGUCUAGAAGCCAGUCCCCACAAUGUGUAUGGAGCUGCGGAAGCGUCUCCAGGGUACUCAAGUAGUGGUCAGAACCUGUACGUGGCGGCGCCCGUCAGAGGCGGAGAUGCACGAAGAGGCCCGAUGUCUCACGAACAGCUCGACCAGCCACCUAGACCACCACCACCAAGGAAUGAAGAUUAUUACAGCAGUAGAAGACAACUCUAUGAAGACGAAGCAAUGAAUAAUCAAAGAAAUAAACCAUCGAGCGAGCCAAGGUUGAUAAGUUUCCAAAAGGAGGGCUCUGUGGGUCUCCGGUUGUGUGGCGGGAACCGGUCCGGGGUGUUUGUGUCCGGUGUACAACCCACUAGUCCGGCCGCGUUACAGGGACUACAACCCGCUGAUAAAAUACUUAAGUUUUGUGCGGUUGAACAGGUGAACGACAUGGAGAUGAAGGGAGUGACUCGGGAAGAAGCCGUCCUCUUUCUGCUGAGCCUGCAGGAGCGCAUCGACCUCAUAGUGCAACAUUCUCCUGAUGAAUACAAUGCUGUUGCCAGUGGACAAAUGCCGGGUGACUCAUUCCACAUAAAGACUCACUUCCACUACACGGAGCCGACGGACGGCGAGAUGUCGUUCCGAUGUGGAGACGUGUUCCAUGUCGUCGACACACUGCACAACGGCACUGUGGGGGCCUGGCAGGUUUAUAGGAUAGGACGCAACAACCAAGAAGUCCAAAAAGGCACUAUUCCCAACAAGGCGCGAGCUGAAGAGCUGGCAACAGCGCAAUUUAACGCUACAAAGAAGGAGAUGAGCGGCAACGAUGGAAAACACAACUUCUUUAGAAGACGUCGCUCUACGCAUCGACGUAGCAAGAGUUUGGGCAAGGAGCACUGGGACGAAGUAGUUCUAUCAGACAGUAUCAGUAAGUUCCCUGCGUACGAGCGGGUGGUACUGAAGCAGCCUGGGUUCGUUCGCCCCGUCAUAGUACUGGGCGCCGUCGCAGACAUCGCCAGGGAACGACUGCUCACUGAGAGCCCGGAUAAAUUCUCAUCACCAAAAAUGGACAGCACACUAGAAGAUACCAAAACGAAGUCCGCCGGUAUAAUCCGCCUAUCAAGCAUUAGAACUAUAAUGGAGCGAGGCAAGCACGCCUUACUGGACAUCACGCCCAACGCGGUGGACAGACUCAACUACGCCCAGUUCUACCCAAUUGUGAUAUUCUUAAAAGCUGAUAAUAAACAUAUUAUCAAACAGCUCAGAGCCGGGUUGCCUAAGUCUGCCCACAAAUCCUCCAAAAAGCUUCUAGAACAAUGCCAACACAUGGAACGAGUAUGGGGCCACGUGUUCACACACACGAUCACACUGAGCGAAGCCAACCAGAACACGUGGUUCAGCAAGCUCAUAGACCUGAUACAGAGGACGCAACAACAACAACUAUGGGUUUCAGAGACUAAGAGGCCAGAGCCGUUGUCCGACGAUUUCUUGUUCUCAAUGUCGUCGAGUACUGAGAACCGGCUCUCGUAUGCUUCGAGUCCUGAGAGUGACUUGGAAGUGAGUCCCCCGCCUGCUCCGAGACUUGUCAAGUCUUCAUCAGACCCUUCGAUCGCCACCACACAAGAUAAUAUGGACCGAGACGACGAUAUCAACCAUAUGAACGAUGCUGUGCCACCUCCUUAUACGCAAGGCGGUUAUGGAGACAGCAAGUAUGGUUUCUCAGCGACCACGAAUGGAGCCCCAACGAAUGGUGUGAACCACAACCAGACCCAUAGUAUGGGCAACAAUGAAGCACCACCAUAUCAAUGCAAUCCAAUGACACACUCACCACCUCAUUCACCUUUGUAUGGAACUGAGCUACCACCACGUGGUACUGUCAGCAGACCGGCCGGCGGAGUACUGUUGCCGGCGCCACCGCCCGGACGACCGCCGCAUAAUCUUCGACAUAAUACACCUGGCAACCGACCGAGUGCGCAAGAGCGUCUCUUUGGUCCUCCGAAAGACCCGGGAAGUGAUGAGGCGGCCACAUACACUGCGCGCCCAACGAGUAUGAUCAUACAGCCUAGUCAAGGACAAGGAUCGUUGGACAGACAUCGACAUCCUUCUAACCCGCAGAGUUCAUACGACGGUACUUCAUCGUACGACUACACUGGUACGACAAACAAUGGGUCAGGUAUGGGUCGGCUGCCUCCUAAUGCGCCUGACGACCUCAAAGUAGCGCCACCUUCUAUUAACAAAAUGGAGCCGCCCCCGCCUCCGAACCCGACGGCGAUGUCACAGAGCAACAUGACACAGAGUCCGCAACGUAACUCCAACUCACAUGAACACAACUCACUCGAUUACAGAAGUCCAGAUAAUAAUUACAGGCCCCCCGAGUACCGAAGUCCUCAAACGAGUCGUCCCCCGCCCAUGAACGGGAACAGUCCUCACACGCCGAUGCACGCGCGAGGUCCGUCGUUACCCAACGUGCCAACCAAUGACCAUGCCAAAUACAGUGGGCGUACAAAUUCUGCAUCUCAAGCGGAUUACGGAGGUCGCGGCGGAGCUCCCGUACCGCCGUACAAACCUGUCCCACCGCCCAAACCCAAGCACUACAGGCCGCCUGACAACUCACACCAUCCUAGGAAUGGGAGUAUGGAGCCCCCGCCGUCGGGUCCCCCCGGGCCCCGGCCGCCGGCGCCGGGCGGGUACCCCGGGUCCCCGCACUACUCGCACCAACACUCGCACUCACAACCACACAGGCCGCACAAUCACAAUAAUUACCAACAGCAAAAUAUGUACGGAGGUCAGAUGCCGCCGCAGUCACCGCCCUACUCCGGGCCCCCGUCACACCACCGAGCUAUCAACCUACCACACAACCCACAUCUCAUAGAUUUAGCAGGCAGUAGAGAACAACGUGGCUCAGCGUUCGAGCUGUAUAGGAAACCACAACAUAUGCAUAACCUAAGUUUCUGCAACACAAUACACUCGUACUUAGAGAUCGACGAGCGAAGACGUCAACGACUGUGCUACUUACAUCCAUCGUGA